GGUACGGGCCUGUUUAUUGUGGGCCGGCCAACGAGUGACUGGGAUCGUGGUCCAUUCUUGCCGGUUCUCUCUGUAGCGUGUGUGAUCUGAUCUAAGAAGUGUCAUCUAUUGAGUCACGGCUAAGCCACCUGCCGGUGACGUCAUCAUUGUCAGCUGGCCGGUGUCGUUGGGUGGCAGUGAGGUCUCGCGUCAUCGGUGAAUAGAGUUAGUGACAUCACAAUGGCGUCAUCUGCCGCGGAUCUGGAGCAGCAAUACUCGCCAUCGGCCUGGGUGCAACGGGUGGCGCCCUCCGAGGUUGUGCGGCUCUUCGCCGAAGCUGUAACUGCGGCUGCACAGAGGGCGCGCGCGUCGCUGCCGUGUGAGCUCGACAUUCGGUACGGAGACGGGCCGGAGCAGCGGUACAGUGUGCUGGGUACGAAUGUACCCGACGACGCUCCGCUGGCGGUGUUCAUACACGGAGGGUACUGGCAGGAAAUGGAUCUGGCCUCGUCUGACGGCGUGGCACUCGGCUUCCACCGACUGGGAUGGCGGACGGUCACCGUGGGUUACGACCUGGCGCCGGCCGUCACCUUAGAUGAGAUUGUGGCACAGGUGCGUACUGUCGGCCGCCGCAUCCUGCAGAUGGCGCUGGAUCUGCGCAGUCGCGCCGUCCUCCUGUUCGGCCACUCAGCUGGCGCGCAGCUAGUCGCCAUGCUACUCGCUGAUUGGUCGACCCUGGGCGACAGCGAGCGUCCGCCAAUCGUAGCUGCCGUACACAUCUCGGGCGUGUUCGACUUGGAGCCGCUUCUGCACACGAGCGUCAACGAGAAGGUUGGAAUGGACGGCGCAUGCGCACAGCGCAACAGUCCGAUGCGACAUGUUGGUGCCGUGACCCGGAUUUCCCGGGCGCGGCAUCUGGUACUGGUCGGGGAGCACGACUCGCCAGAGUUUCGCAGACAGGCAAGAGAGUAUGCGUCCGCGCUUAAAGAUGCCAAGUGUGAUGCGACUUGUCAUAUUCUACCUACAAGGGAUCAUUUUGACAUGUGCGAAGCGUUGGCAGAUGCUGACUCUGAUGUCAUGAAGCUGGUAAAGGAAAAUCUGAAGGAUCUGAUAAACUAAAGACCACUGCCGGCUAUACCUGGUGGGUCAUGUUCUUGCCAUAAGUGGGUGCUCUAUUCAUUUCUUACAUGCUCACCUUUUUACACUCAUUGCCAUUAUAAUCGAAGCAUUUUUACCA